GCCGCCGCCGCCGCCAUGGAGCGGCGCGUGGCGGAGCGGCUCCGGGGCGCGCUGGGCCCGCUCGGCCUCGAGGCGCACGCCUUCAAGGUUGGGUGGUACAAUGCUGUUCUCCAGCCAGCCUUCCAUCUCCCCUACCCGGAUGACACACUGGCCUUCGUGGUCCUCAGCACUCCUUCCAUGUUUGAGAAGGCCCUUAAGCCUUUUGUGAACAAAGAACGACUAAAAAUAAUCAGGGAUCCUGUGGAUCAGUGCAUUUCCCAUCAUUUAUCACGUGUGAAGGAGAAAUUCCCUGACCAGAGGGUGGAUGUCAUGUUUGAUUAUGAGAUGCUGCCGAGCCGAAAGCCCAAGUUCCUGGCACAGACAGCUGCCCACGUUGCUGGAGCUGCAUAUUACUACCAAAGAAAGGAUGUGAAGCUUGAUCCUUGGGGGAAAAAGAAGAUCUUUGGCGUGUGUAUCCAUCCCAAGUAUGGUGGCUGGUUUGCCAUCCGGGGUCUCCUCCUCUUCCCAGACAUUCAGGUGCCGUUCCUGGAACAGCCCUCCCCUGUUGACUGUGUGAGCACGGAGGAGAAAAGGAUUGAGUUGCUGGAGCAGUUCAAUUUCCGCUGGCAGGACGGCCGCUACAGGGACAUCAUUGAAGUGAAGGAAAGGUACUCGGAGGAGCAAAAAGCCUAUUUUGCCACUCCUCCAGCCGAGAGAUUCCGGCUGCUGGGGCUCUCACAGGAAGCGCAGAGAAUCACAUUUCACUGAGUAACCGGCUCGGUGUAGGGCAGAGGGCAGCAAAGGGUAACUUAUGAGCACCGUCUUUUCCCGCUGCCGAGGAGGAGGAGGAGGAUGGUUAUGUUGAUACAGAGAUGGCAAAUCCGAGCAGCCUCAAUGCGAACACCAGCUUCCCAGAGGGAGGGGCACUGCUCCGUGGUCUGGGGGGAAGUGGGAGCCGUCCGUUCUGUGCUGUUGCUGAUACGGGGUGUUUUUUGGGGAGCCCAGUAAGAUGCCAGUAAGCCUUUGGUGGGAAUAGUUCAGACACCCUGGAAACUUAAAAACCCGUGCUGCUCAUUAGAGAAGUCACUUUUGUUCUCAAGAAUUUUCUUUCCCAAUAUUCUGGUUUUAUUCUUUACCAGUGUAAAGAAAGUUCAAUCAUUGUAUUACUAAGUUUGGUUUUGUCUAAACUCGGGGCAGGUACCUUUUAGAUGUAUCCAUCAUUUUAUUGUCCUGUGUCAUGACUCUCCCUAGGAAAUAGAUGUCCAGUCUUUUCAGUCUUGCCUAGGUCACACUUAAGCAUUUAUCCAUUUAUAGAGCAGUUGACUGGAGUAUUUGGAAAGGUGCUGAGUAGUGUCUAUGUGAAUAGAGUUUUUACUCAUGUUAAGAUAACUGGCUAAAAAAGACAACUCUUGUGGCCUUUUUUACGGUAGACCAUGUUUGUGUUUAAAGUAUUUUUCAGUGCCAGCACACAGCACACCCCCCCCAGUUACUGCCACAGCUUCCUGGUGUGCUUUCUGUGUGGGGAAGAUUGUAAACCUGCACACAUGUAAAAGCCAUGGCACAAAGCCUUGUCACAUGCACAGGCAAACAAGCAGAGAAAAAAAGAAAAUAUUAAUAACGUGCCCAUUACUUACAUUGCUGGAUAAAACAUGUUCAGACAGAAAUACAACAUUUUUUACCUGACUUUGUCCUGUUAUAUUUGUUCAGAGGCUACAACAGCACUGGAAAUCAGGAAUUAAUUUAUCUUUGGGCAAUUUGAGGCUCAGGACUUGUUAAAAUAAUAUUAUACAUGAAAAUAAUAUUUUUCGGGAGUUGUUUUACUAGACAACUUACUAGUUUACUAGUGCAAUGCUGCAAGUGGACAAGCACUUUUUUCCUUUUGAUGGUAUCAACACGUGAUGAAGAAAUACUCACUUUGCAGAACUGAGCUCUUUCUUUUUAUGUUGGGAUUCUUCACACCUUUUGGAGACUCCAACAUGGUGGUUGCCUUCACAAUAAGUUGCUGCUUGAUACAGUUUCUCACAGUUUCUACAGUAACUCAUUGUAAUCCAAAUUCAGGAUAACAAGUUUGCUUGCCUGUAAACAGAGUAGUGAGUGUGUGAUCACUGGGUUUGUUCACUGCAUUUGCUGUUACAGAAAAGUCUUUGUUGCUUUCCAUGCUUUGUUCACCUCUGACUAAGGCAGACACCUGACUUAGUGUGUGAUAGAGGUAUUGUGAUUUUUAAUUUAAGUGAAAGAAUGAAAUUUGUUUAAAUUCUGUUCUUUUGUUAUGGAAUUGCUUACGGUUGAAAUUUGUUUGAUGUUUCAGAACUUUCCAAAUGAACUGUAAUUUAACAGGGGCUUGAGCUAAUGGCUCAUAUUAGUAACAAAAUACUGAUUCUCUUAGAAGAAUAAAUAUAGAUUGGAAUCAUCUAUCUUUUUACAUUACAAUUUAAAGUACAAAAUAUUUUGAUUUUUUGGCAUUGAUUUCUUACAAAUAUUUAAUAUUUUGUCUUAAUUUAUUAAACAGGUAACUAUAGCCAUGCAUUUCAAUUUCUGUAAUUUAUUUCUCUUCAAAUGGUAUUUUGGUUAAUAAAAUAUCCAAAGUUGUAAGUAAA